CACUGGUAUUUGUUAUUGUUUAAAAAAAUAUAUAUUUUAAGGAUAAAUGACGGCCAAUUUGUUGAACCUGAAUGGACACGCUGUUCGACAGCACAGCGUGUCCGAGAUCGACGCGGUGCACAAGAAGAUCCAGUCGGUGGUGGAGAACAAGCGCGAGGAGCUGCGCACCCAUGUCGGGGAGCGGUACCGAGACCUCCUCCAGGCAGCGGAUACCAUUGCGGCCAUGCAGACGUCGGCGGGCACGCUCAUGGAGCAAGUCCGUCACGUCCAGGCCAACUGCCGCAGCCUCAACGAGCAGCAGCUCCUGGGCUUCCAGUCCACCACGAAUCCAAGUCCCAAGGAGGCGGCUCUGCAGCAAAGGAAUGCCGGCAAGAAGCUGCAAACCUACUACGGCACCAUGGCCCAGAUCAAGCUGCUCAGCCUGCCGGAACUGAUCUGGACGCACCUGGACAACGACCGCUUCUACGCCGCCACCGAGCUGUUCAUCUUCAGCCGGCACAUUAGCACCGGCUUGCUUGACGGGCAAAGUGCCCUGAUGCAGAAACUGCCGGUGGCCCGCAAGCAGUGGGAGAUCCUUCGGCCCUUCCACGUGACCAUCAAACAGGCUGUGCUGGCCGCCCUGGAGAGGGAAGAACUGCUUCCCGAAAUGGCCGUGGACUGCCUGCAGAGCCUCCUUCUGCUGGACAAAAGCGACCUGAGUGCUGUCCUGAAGACAUUUUUGAGCUUGCGCUCUUCCGCUUUCCUGAACUGCCUGCAGAGCAGACCUUCGGAGCCAAGACGCGUCAAGGAGCGCAUCCUGGCCAGCUUGAGCGUGCUUAACAGCACCGUGGAGCUGCUGGAUAAGUGUCUGCUAGGUGAUAGUCUUCUUUUCACCCGUCUGGCGGACUGCGCCUCCUCCACCUGUCCACCCAGUAUCAACCGAAUGGAAAGCAGCGAGCGUCAGUUGGCACAUCUUUUGCCGGAUAUCAUCGCCGGCUUCAAGCCGCAAUUCGAGGUUCCUCAGCUAACACCGGAACAACUUGGCUCCUCACUCGAACAGUGGCUAGAUAAGAUGAACGCCCUGGCAGCGGCUCACCUGCAGCAGGUCUUCGCCCUAGUCAGUAACAUGCAGACCAUUCAGGACAUUAAGUCGGCAGCCAGGACUAAUGGGCGGCCGGACUUCGUUCGCUUGGAGCAGCAGCUACAUCUGAAGCACAGCCAGUUGGACUUCUACGUCCGGAAGUACGUUCCACUGAUCAACGCCAGAGUGCGGGAGAUCAUCCGCAGCAGUUGGGCGGCCGCCAUGAAGCAGACCUACGAACAGGUGCUCUCGCUCAUCGAAGCCGGACAAUCGCAGGCACCGCAACAAAUUUGGCGGGAACAGAGCGACGAUCUGCCCUUAAGCUUAGGCGCGCUUAGCGAUCAACCAAAGAGGCUGGCCAAUCGGACGAAGGGUUACGAUGGCGCCACAAUGGAGUUGUGCAAACGUUUCGACUCUCAACUAGCUGAUAUUGUCCAGGAGCUCAAUGUUAUGCUGCAGGAGCAGACGACGCGGGCAGAGGACAAACAGGCCCUCAUCCAGUUCCUGCGCGAGACGGCCGAGGAGCAGCUGACAGAGUAUCUGACCAACCUGAAGGGUCUACAGCUCAGGGAGCGGCCUGCUCUGCUCCUUGCUUUGCGCAAUAGUCUGGCCCUGGUGGAACUUUGUCCCAACUUAAAGCUCUGUUUCUGCCAGCCUUCAAGUUGGCGGCAGUGGACUGACAACUUGGCAGGAGUGGGGAUUGAAAACUGGCAGCGCAUUUGCGGCUUGAUCGAAGAAGAGAUGCUAUCCUUCUGGCUACUCAUUGUUGAUGACGUGCUGGCUGGCCAUAAUUGCGAGGAAAAACUGCCGAAAGUUAUCAACCAUGAAGUGGUCCUCAGCGAUUUUGCGCUUUGGCAGACCUUGACCCUGGAGCAGCGUGACGAGGACCAGGAGCAGAGUGUACAGUCGACCAUUCGCAUUCCCAGUCAGCCGCGUCUUUCUCUGCAGACAUAUCUUCAUCAGUUGAUUCAGGCAUUGAACGAGGUUGUCCCCCAAACAUUGCCACCCAAAGUAUUGCAAGCCUUCAUCCAGCGGUUACUAGGAAAACUGCUCUCCCACUACGAUGGAUUGGCCCAGGCGGAGUGCACCAAAUCUACCCAGAACAUUGCCCUGCAAUUGUACUUUGAUCUAAAGUUCCUGGAACGCGUGUUUGCCGUAACACGCGAGGAGCGGGCCACCUAUGACCAGAUUCAUGCCCAGCAGAAUAAGUUGCGCGAUUGCAUUGAUCCGUUUGAUUUCGAACUAUUUGCCGAGCACAUAACUGCGCAUGUGACAAGAGCUGCUGGCCGACUGCAGGGCGUGGGAGUGCUGACACCCUCGACAGCGUCUCCAAGUCAGGGCACAACGGCAGCCACUUCAUUGGCCCAUGAAGCAGAUCCCAAUGUGCUGUGCCUCAGCUCAUCCGGAUCCACGUCGCUGUGGUUCCCCCUGUUGCCCAUUGUGAUGCCACAAGCUGCCGGAAGAGUUACUGGCAUCGAACGGAAAUCCGUCGCCCAAGAGCCUGCGGAGAAAAUGGCGACAACGACACCGACCAGGAAGUCGGGGGGCAAUGGAGCCCGCAAGGGAGACACUGGCAAAUCCAAAUCCAGCGCAGCUUCCUUUUUCGGAAUGUCCCAGGAGUGGUUUCGCUAGAGGAGUCGAGUCAAGUGGCCUGUGAAGUGCAUCCAAGUGGAACACGGAAUAGGGAUGGGAACGGAAACGGGAACACCACUCUCUACCGUUCCGUUGCUAAACCGAGCAUUCAAAAUGUUUAACCUCUAUCCAAACAUAUUUGUUAACCAGGCGGCCACCGCCACAUAAUUUUAAGAGAGCCAGUAGCAUACAUUAUGGAUACAUAAACCCUGAUAUCACUUUUAAUUUCAACUUAA